UAAAAGAGUUGCAAAGGAGUUGGGCUGCAUCACUUGAGACUCCAGCGACCCGCGAGGGGUUUCGCACACAGACACUGUUGCCGGAUUACGCUCGGUUUCGGUCGGCUUUUGUUGCGUCUCUCACCUCUAAGCGCCGCUGCUCAAAUUGUCGAACGAGAAAACGCAAAUAAGGACAGGUUCGGAGUUUUUCCGUCAUGGGUGCCUCUACCUCUGCAGAGCGGACGGAGAAGAGUGAGGAGCAGGAUGCUGCGACUGGUGAAGGGCAAAGCGAAGCGGGCGCUGGCAUCCCGGAGGCGGGGGAGGGAGAUGCAGAUGCCAAGUGCUUACAUAAAAAUGGCCAGAUUUCCAGCCUGAAUGAUGAACCAGAAGAGCAGACAAUCAAUGGGCUGGCUGAGCAAGUGGAUGAAAUUUUGCAGGAGUCCCCUGAAAAGACCAAAAAGGAAAUAGAACACAUGAGUGAAGAGAAGGAAACAGUCAUGGUAAAGAUCAAUGGACAGACCAAACAGGUGAAUGGAACAUCAGAAAAGCCCGAAUUAAAGCUCAAUGGACAGACGGGGGAGUUGACUGAGAUAUCUGAUGAGGUCAUUGUAAAGGAGAGUCAACAUACAGAUCAUCAGGAUGGGAAGAAUGGUGAUGUUGUCACCUCUGAGGUUGGUCAAGGUGACCCUGCUGCAGUGGCACAGAAAGAAGAAGCAGUGGAGAAAAUGGAAACUGUGCAGGAGGAAGAUACUCCUCACAUAAAUGGAGAAAAGUUAAUAGAAGAUGCUUCACCAUCUGCAAGUGAAGGUUCGCCAGUGGACGAAAAACUUGGAGAGGAGGAAAAGGCAGCAGAACAACAAACCACUGAAGUGGGAUUUAAAAAGGUCUUCAAAUUUGUGGGCUUUAAGUUUACACUGAAGAAAGAUAAGAAUGAGAAGCCUGAUCCAGUUCAGUUGUUGACUGUUAAAAAAGAAGAUGAGGAUGCCAGCAGCUCAGAAGCAGAGAAGGAAUCAAAGUCCGAGGCACCUGUUGCAGAACCAGAAAAAACUGAAAAACCCAGUACAAUACUAGAAGAAGAUCUUGAAGAAACAAAGACAGAAAUAGAUACCACUACUGAAGUCCUAGCUGAAAAAGUUAAUGGAGAAGCCAGUGAAAGUCCAGUUGAAGUAGUAGACAGUCCAGAAAUAAGUAAAGAACCAGAAAAGCCAGAUGAAUCUCCAACUAGUCCAGUGCUUCAAGAGACACAAUCUCCCCUUAAAAGGUUUUUCACCCAAGGACUAUUUUCAACUUUAAGAAAAAGAACAAGUUUUAAAAAGUCAAAAGAAGAAGAUCAGCCUGUUAAGCUUGAAGAGGAAAAGAAAGAAAAUGAUGAAAAAAAAUCCCCUGUAGUAGAAUGUGAAAGUCCAGAAGAAACUAGUGGAGAAAAGUUGAGUGAACAGGUGCAAGACACAGAAGCAUCAGUGGAAGGAGAUGUAAAGGAAAUUGGAGAAGUUAUUUCAGACGAACCAAAAGUUGUAGUUCCAGAGCACCAAAUUUUAGAGGAUAAUGCUGACCUGAAAGUUGCACUUGAAGUGGAAGUGAAAAUAGAAGACCCAAGUGCUGAUUCAGGAGAAUCCACAGUUGAUCAUGUUGUAGAGGUAAAAACUGAAGAAGAAGCAAAAACUGAAGUAGAAGCUUCAGAAUCUGAAGGUGAAAAAACUGUGAAAGAGGAGAUUCAGUCUGAAAAACCCAUGGACAAAACUGAACCUGAACCAGAGUUGACACAAGAUGCAUUAGAUGAGAAUCUUAUUCUGGAGGAGUCAGGUGUGGAAGACAGUACCGAAAUCAAACAGCAAGUUGUAACUGCCGAACACAAUCUGUUAAACUCUCAGGAAAAAGCCAAACUUCAGGGUAGUCCCCUGAAAAAGCUUUUUACAGGUACUGGUCUUAAAAAACUAUCGGGAAAAAAGCAAAAAACUAAAAAAGAAGAAGAGGGGAAGGUUGCACAUUCAUCUGAAAAUGGUUUUGAUCAGCUGCAAUCAUCUUCAGAAUCAGCUGAGGGUCAGAAAGUGGAUAGCUUGCCAUCAUCCCCGGAAGAAUGUACAGAACAAGUUGUGGCUGAAACUGUUAUAACAGAGAUGACUGGGCCUGAAGGAGACGGAGAAGGUGCUACUUCUGAUGGAGAGAGAAAGAAGGAUGGCAUCACUCCAUGGGCUUCUUUCAAAAAACUAGUCACACCAAAAAAGCGUGUAAAAAGACCUUCUGAGAGUGACAAAGAAGAUGAGCCAAAUGAAAAGGUAAAAGGUGCAACUUUGUCUUCAACAGACAGUUCUGCAUCUGCUGAAAAACAUGAAGAGCCUAAAGCAAGUGAGGAGGAACAGAAACUGGAGCGAAGCACAGAAGAACCCAAAAAGAAAGUUGACACCUCAGUCUCUUGGGAAGCUCUUAUUUGUGUCGGUUCAUCUAAAAAGAGAGGCAGGAAAACAUCAGAUUCGGAUGAGGAGUCACCAAAAGUAGCGGAGGAAACUCAAAACACAGAGGAAUCUGUAAAGGGUAAGGAUACAAUUGCAGAAUCUCCUAUAACAAGCUCCCAUGAAGCAGACAAUGAAGCAGGUGGAUCAUCUCCAGAACAAGGUGGAAGUCCUUCUGACGGGGAAGGGGUGUCUACAUGGGAAUCAUUUAAAAGACUGGUAACACCAAGAAGAAAAGCCAAGUUAGAAGAUAAGCUAGAAGACUCUGCAGUAAAUUCCACACAUGAACAAAUUCCUUCUGAUAGUGAAAUUGCAAAAGAGGAGUCUUCAUUUUCAUUAAAGAAAUUAAUACCAGGGCGCAGGAAGAAAAAGUCUGAUGGUAAACCUGAACCAGGCCUAGGAGAGGACGCACACAAAAUCCCAGGAGAAUCAGAAAAUGGAGAAGACUCUGAUACCCCAGCAGUAGUCCCAUUAUCAGAGUAUGAUGCCACAGAGACCGAGCAAGUUGAGCUAGUGAAGGACACCACUAUGAAAGAAGUAAAGCAUGAGACUGAUCUGGUAAAUGAUGUUGUAAUUCAGCAAGUUCAGGAAGCAGCUGUGGAAAUGGAACCUAAGGUGAUAGUGGAGAAAGCAAGUGAAAUUACUGCAAUAGAUGGAGAUACUACUGAACUUCCUGAGAGGAAUAUAUUGGAUGUUGAUGAAAGAUCACCAUCGUGGAUAUCAGCUAAAGUUAUGGAACUGGUAGUUGAUCAAAAAGCUGAGAAUUUAAGCAGACGUCAGCAGCUAAGUGAUAUAGCUGAAGAAGAAUCUGCUGUGAUCACUAAAACACCAGUAGAGAUGUCAAAGCAGAAUAAUCAAGAAGACACCAUUGCUGAAGAUAUAGUUGAGUUGACAUCGGAAGCAGUUACUGCAUUAGAUCAAGCACCUGAAGAAAUAAUUGCAGAAGAGACUGAAAUGGUGUCAGCAGUGUCCCAGCUAAGCGAGUCAUCUGCAACAUCAGGCAAUGUAACCCCUGUUCCAGAAAUAAAUGUUUGUGAAGUGAAACAAACAGAUGAAGUAUUGCAGGAAGCUGCUGAAAAGAUGAAACUUACUUCUGUUGUACUCUCAGCCACAGAGACUGCUCCUUUAGAAGAAACAGCUGUGGUUGUAACUUCAACACAACUUGUGGAAUCAGCAGUUGAAAGUGAUACAACUCAAGAAUUGAUGCACAGAGAAGCAAAGGCAGUUUCGUGGUCAACUGAUCUGUCCACGGAAGACCUUGAAGUGUCUGAAACACGGCUUGCAAAAACCACAGUUGAAGUAAUUACUGUGGUGAUGGAAGCAGUUUCUUCAGAGUUAGCUGCUGAAGAAAGAAUAGAGACAGAAGUAGUCGAUAAAUCAAUCCAGACAACAGAAAUUUCUGAAAUAUUAAUGGGAAUGCAAGGAAAAACAGAAGAUAAACCUAAUAUCUGUGAACUGAAUGAAGAAGUAAUUGAGACUUUUGAACCUACAGUCAAGGAUGAUGUUAUUGCAGAGAUACUACAUGCCCCAGUAAUGGAGGAACGAACUGAAGCACAGUCCACAGUGAAGAAAGAAGAAUUUGUACAAUCCUUAAAAUGUUUGUCAGAAGAAACCCCUACUCUGUUGAAGCCAGAAGAAAUGUCUGAAGAGAAGAAAGAUGAGGGAAUAUCUGAAAAGAUUUUAGAAGAAGAGGUAGUGCAAAAGAGUGAGUUCAUUGAAGUGCAGACAGAGAGUGUAGUUUCUUUGGGAGAAGUAAUCACAGACACUCCAAAUGUAGAAGAAGAAGGACCUGCUGUGUCAGCUGUUGAAGAUGUUGUCUGUACCCAUCAUAUAACUGUUAGUGAAACCUCACCAACAGAAGAAAGGGUGCAGGAACUUGUGGAAGUCAAAGAGGUUGCAGAUACUUGCCAGGCCCCAGUUGAAGAAAUUACCCAGUCUGUACCACAGGAAGAAAUUACCUUAAUUAAUGAGGUUGAAGUGCUGGAAAGCUUGGAGACACAGGAAACUGUGUUUCCUGUAACUGUAGCUGAGGUAGAAGAACAGGUUGUGAAAGAAACUGCUAAUGAGAUUGAACCACUAUUAGAAACAUUACAGUCUGAAGUGAUAGCGAUAACCGCAGAAGAAGUUGUCUCAACUGCACUAGUAAAUGCCUAUGCUGAGCAGAUGAAACAUGAAGUUGUCCCACCAUGCAAAGAUGAACACGAAGUCUCUGAAACCACAGCUGUAGUAGUAGGACCAGAACUUGAAGCUGCAACAGGCAUUGUACUUGAAGAAGUAGUUCAAAAAGAGAUGGGAGAAGAUGUUGUGAUCAUGACAUAUACAGCACCAGUCUGCUCUAAAGAAAUAUUGGAUGAGAAGCAAGAGGACAUAGAAGCAGCAACAGUCUCUACAGCUCCAACAGAGCUACAGGAGUGUAAUAUACAGACAUUAGCAAUUGAGAAACAGAGUAAAAUCAUAGCUGAAAAUAUAAUUCAGAAUGUUGUUGAAAGUUUUACAGAAAGAGUGACCGAAUGUCAUGAAAAGAAAGAUUGUACUGAAUCAGAGGCAAAGCCUGAACUGGAAGGUACAGAAGUGAUACCAACCGAUGGACCUGAACAAGUCACAGAAAGCAUGGACGACUUAGUAGUGAUAAAGCUUGGGUCUGAUGUCCAUCAGGAAGAACCUGUUCAGGUUAAAAGUAAAAGUGAAGAGCCAUUUGUCAUAGUUAAACCAACAGAUGAAUCUGUGCUGGAGGAAGAAAUUCAUGUUACAACAGAAAAUCAAGAAACACUAAUUGAGAUGGCAGAGCACAGACAUUUAACAAGCCCUGAAGAUACAAUCAAAGAAAGUGAACCUGAUGCAGCAGGAAUUUCAAGUAAAAUAAAAGACGAUGUUGAAGUGAAAGUCCAAGAGGACGUGGAGGUGGAUCCAAGCAGAAAAGUGAUUCAGGAAGCUGAUGAAAGUUGCAGCCAAAAUGCUGAAGCAGACACAGUUUGUCAAGAAGGUCAAGUAGAAGAGCUCAUUGGUGAAACAAAAGAUAUCAAAAUUGUGCAGUUAGAAGAUUCUGAAACUCAGGGAGCCAUGGAGCAAGAAGAAAGCAAAGAAUUCAUAACUGAACCUGAGAGCUACUCUGGGGACCAAGAACAAGUUCAUGAUGAUAUAGAUGACAGUCUUGUUCAUUUAUCUGAGGAAGUACAGCCACAGGAAAUGCAUAAGCCUGAGAUGGAUGUGUGUCACAGAGCAGUGGAAAUGAAUGAAGAAGUUAAAGGAAUUCCUGUUGAAAAUCAAGAAGAAGUGCAAUGUGAAAGGUUAGUGGAAGAAGGUAAAAAGGGUGAAGAAGUAGUUAGUCAGUCAACAAGCCAUGAUGAAAUAUCAGAUGAUGUUCAGUCCCAGCAUGAAACCAUAACAGAAAUUGAAAGUGAGGUAAAAUUUACACCAGCGGAAACUGUUGCAUUACUAGAUACAGUUGAUAAGGAAAUAAUCUCAAAAGAUGCAGAGAGUCAAGAAUUGAUGGUACAAGAAGGAGAAAGUGAGCCAUAUGCAGAAGAGAUUGUGAAUGAUAAGGCAAAAGAGAAAGAAGAUAUAGAGAGACUUGAACAUCAAGUGGAGGGCGACCAGGAGCCAGAAACAGUGGAAUGUGUAGCUGCUGACAAACCACAUGUUGAUGCACAGGAGAAGGAUAGUCAUGAGUUGACCCUCAAAAAUGAAAUCGAAAAGAAUACCUCAGUAGAUGUUCUGAAGAGUAAAAUCUUGGCUUCAGAAGGGCUUUCAGAAUUGAAGGAAAAAGAUCAGCAGUUGAGUACAGAUCCAGAGAAAACAUGUAGUGAUGAUGUUCACGACGUGGCGGAAUCUCAGACAACAGCAGGAACAGAAAAGAAUCAGAUGGAAAUGAAGGAGGAAAAUGAGAGAGAGCAAACAUCAAAAGCUAAAGGUGUACUAAUUCAGACACAAGAAGCAGAAAGUACACAGAGUAAUGAAACUCUACCACAAGUCACAGUAGGAAAAGAAUCUGAGGUGGAGAGAAUCCAAGAAGCUGAAGAAGAGGAGGAGAAAGAUUUGGCAAAAUCAGAACCCAGUUCGGAUGCAGUGGCUGAGCACCGUUGUCAAAAUGCUGUACAACAGAUAGUGACAUCAUGAAAUCAGAAAAGGCAUACGAAGCAAGCAGAUCCCAAUUGCUUGUGAUUAAAAAACCAGAAACUGCAAAUGAAAGACUGAGGUCUGAAUGCACUGACAAUGAUCACCGAUGGUGUGUGUGUAGACAAGAGGGGCUGAGGAGAACACUACCCAUGUACGUGCAGCUUCCUUCCUGACCAAAAGACAACCCCAUGGACAUGACUGGGAGCCUUACCCACAAUCCUCCACUGUGCGCGCAGAUCUAACAUUGUUUCCAAUGCUUUUAGCCAGAAGAGCUUGCAUUAAAUGUGAUGCCUGACGUCGGCUGAGCUUCACAUUCAAUCCAGCACCCCAGUCCCAUAUAUGUUAGCAGGGAUGGCUGUGUGUCACGCUCGCCUUUGUGUGAGAAACCUUCAAAACAGGACGGUGUUUCCAUGUAUAUUGUUUGUAUAUCCCUUUGUAUUUAUAUUAAUUAUGUGCAAAUGUGAAAAUGUAAAGGUUUUCUUUAUCUUUGUCCCUGAACUGUUGUAUAGAGUAUUCUUGGACUGCCAUCAUAAAAAAAAAUGCGGCACUGCAAGUAAGCAAAAGUCCAUGGAAAUUGGAGAGCGGCCGCCUACUGGUGGGUGGGAUGGGGGAGAAUAAAGCAGCUUCAAAACUAGAACCCUGAACACAGCAGAGGGAGUGACAGCUUUUGCAAUGACUAUCCUGCUUUUCUGUUUUUAAAUUAUUGUCUUUCUAAGUUAUUUUCAAAUAAUGAUCCGUUACUUUCUGCUGGUUGUCGUUACAACCCAUGUUGAUUUCCAAAAACCGUAGAUGUUAGGUAGCUGCUUGCUUUCAAAGUAGUAAUAGUAGUAAGGAAUUAUUAUUACUAAUAAUUCUGUACACCAAUAAUAGGCCUGUAUAAUGUAAUCAUUGGCAUGCCUCCAGUGAUUCAUAUAUAUAUAUAUAUAUAUACUAAAUAUAUAUAGUAUAUACUGUACAUGCUCACAGAUAUACAGAAGUAUAUUUAUAUGUGUGUGAUUGUUUGUGAAUGAAUGUGACUGUUAAAUAUAUCAAAUGAAAGCAAACAAAAAGUGGUGCAUGGGUGUGUGUGUGUGUGUGUGUGUGUAGGAGUGUGUGUAUACACAUUUAUCUGACCUUUGAUAAAGCUCAAGCAUUAUGGACCAAACCUGAACUGCAUCGAAGUAAAAGUAACAUGUCAGUGAAGUCAACUGUAUAAAAUUAACUUUCAGACCUACGUCUUUUAGGACAUAUGUUAGCUACUGUCUAAGUAACGCUGAGUGGCGCCUCUCCAAUUUCUCCAGCAGCGCUUGUUGACAGGCCGACUCCUUUGUAGGUUGGUAACUGUGCAGAGUAGUGAAAUGGCUCCCCCCAGUGGACUUUCUUGUGAGGUGACAGACUUGCAGUUUAGACUAUAGUCACAGUAUGGCUUAUUUGCAACUUGACUGGCAGUCCAUUAAGGUCUACAAACAGCAAGUCCCUAAACUUAAGUUAUUGCUAGAAUGGCCAGAUGAAUUUAUAUGUGUUGUCUGCCAACCUUUUUUUUUUUAUUAUUAUUUUUGUAUUUUAUUUGAAUGAAAAUUUUUAAAAAUGUGAAGCAGAAUCUGUUGUACCAAGGUGGCAGCUCCAUUCUCUGUUAAGUACCAUAUAUGGGCAUGAGCUAACAAGAGACUCUUCAAACACAAUCCGCUCCGGAGACUGGUAUGCUUGCGUUAGUGUCCUCAUGCUUUUUAUAACACAAACCUGAAUGUGAAGUUGGUAACAUUUGUACAAAUUGUAUACCUAUGUACCUUAAGUCAUAUUGUAAUAAUAGCUUCUAAAAAUAAACUUAACAAUACCUGUAGUAUAA